AUGGCACCUCUCGCAGAUACUUUAGAAGCCAAGAGGCGCCGAACGCGUCAAGACUAUCCAUUCCACUUGGAGUAUCGAACACGAUGGUCCGAUAAUGACAUGUACGCCCAUCUCAACAACAGCAUCUACGCCUUUCUCUUCGACUCCAUCAUCAACACCUAUCUCAUUACGCACUGUGGACUGGAUCCAUACAACAGCAGUAACAGUAAUAAAGAUAAAAAUAAAUCCCAAUCAGACACACCACCCCACAACCAAAUCGGCCUCGUCGUCUCCUCCUACUGCGACUACUUCGCCUCAGUGUCCUUCCCUGACGUGCUCGAUCUCGGGUUGCGCGUCACCAGGCUGGGCUCGUCCAGCGUCACCUACGAAGUGGGCGUGUUCCGCCGCGGCGAGGAGGCCGUCAAGGCCGUGGGCGGGUUCACGCAUGUGUUUGUCGAGAGGGAUAGUAUGCGACCAGCCAAAAACAAAGGGAUGGACGAGAAGAUUCGGAAGGGGUUGGAAAGGUUGCUGAAUCAGCCGUCGUCGUUGUCGUCGUCAAAUGAUAAAUCGGCAAAGUUGUGA